GUGGUCUCCGCGUGCGCAUGCUCAGUGUCCUCUCGACAAGUUGGCAGCAACAACACGGCCCUGGUCGUCGUCGCCGCUGCGGUAACGGAGCGGCUCGGGUGGCGGAGCCCGCGUUCGCGCCCGCCCGCUCUCCUCGAGAGGUCUUUCCCGCCCUCCCCUCGGCUCCGCGGCCGCCGAGGGGGUUAUCCUGAAUACCACAUGUCUAAGGAUUUUCCUUGCAACAUUAGCCAUUGUUUUUCACUGCCUCCAGAAGAUCAAUAUUGCUUUGGAAGUUGGAGGCAUAUUUGAUUUAAAAGAAGAAACUUGACAAAUGGACAAUAUGUCUAUUACGAAUACACCAACAAGUAAUGAUGCCUGUCUGAGCAUUGUACAUAGUUUGAUGUGCCAUAGACAAGGUGGAGAGAGUGAAACAUUUGCAAAAAGAGCAAUUGAAAGUUUGGUAAAGAAGCUGAAGGAGAAAAAAGAUGAAUUGGAUUCUUUAAUAACAGCUAUAACCACAAAUGGAGCUCAUCCUAGUAAAUGUGUUACCAUACAGAGAACAUUGGACGGAAGGCUUCAGGUGGCUGGUCGGAAAGGAUUUCCUCAUGUGAUCUAUGCCCGACUCUGGAGGUGGCCUGAUCUUCACAAAAAUGAACUAAAACAUGUUAAAUAUUGUCAGUAUGCAUUUGACUUAAAAUGUGAUAGUGUUUGUGUGAAUCCAUAUCACUAUGAACGAGUUGUAUCACCUGGAAUUGAUCUCUCAGGAUUAACACUGCAGAGUAAUGCUCCACCAAGUAUGUUGGUGAAGGAUGAAUAUGUUCAUGACUUUGAGGGACAGCCAUCGUUAUCCACUGAAGGACAUUCAAUUCAAACCAUCCAGCAUCCACCAAGUAAUCGUGCAUCGACGGAGACAUAUAGCACCCCAGCUCUGUUAGCUCCCGCUGAAUCUAAUGCUACCGGCACCACCAACUUUCCCAACAUUCCUGUGGCUUCCACAAGUCAGCCUGCCAGUAUACUGGCAGGCAGCCAUAGUGAAGGACUGUUGCAAAUAGCUUCAGGGCCUCAGCCAGGACAGCAGCAGAAUGGAUUUACUGGUCAGCCAGCUACUUACCAUCAUAACAGCACUACCACCUGGACUGGAAGUAGGACCGCACCAUACACACCUAAUUUGCCUCACCACCAAAACGGCCAUCUUCAGCACCACCCGCCUAUGCCGCCCCAUCCCGGACAUUACUGGCCAGUUCACAAUGAGCUUGCAUUCCAGCCUCCCAUUUCCAAUCAUCCUGCUCCUGAGUAUUGGUGUUCCAUUGCUUACUUUGAAAUGGAUGUUCAGGUAGGAGAGACAUUUAAGGUUCCUUCAAGCUGCCCUAUUGUUACUGUUGAUGGAUAUGUGGACCCUUCUGGAGGAGAUCGCUUCUGCUUGGGUCAGCUCUCCAAUGUCCACAGGACGGAAGCCAUUGAGAGAGCCAGGUUGCAUAUAGGCAAAGGUGUGCAGUUGGAAUGUAAAGGUGAAGGUGAUGUUUGGGUCAGGUGCCUUAGCGACCACGCAGUCUUUGUACAGAGUUACUACUUAGACAGAGAAGCCGGCCGUGCACCUGGAGAUGCUGUUCAUAAGAUCUACCCAAGUGCAUAUAUAAAGGUCUUUGAUUUGCGUCAGUGUCAUCGACAGAUGCAGCAGCAGGCAGCCACUGCACAAGCUGCAGCCGCCGCCCAGGCAGCAGCCGUGGCAGGAAACAUCCCUGGCCCAGGAUCAGUAGGUGGAAUAGCUCCAGCUAUCAGUCUGUCUGCUGCUGCUGGAAUCGGUGUUGAUGACCUUCGUCGCUUAUGCAUCCUUAGGAUGAGUUUUGUAAAAGGCUGGGGACCGGAUUACCCAAGACAGAGCAUCAAAGAAACGCCUUGCUGGAUUGAGAUUCAUUUGCACCGGGCCCUCCAGCUCCUAGAUGAAGUACUUCACACCAUGCCUAUUGCAGACCCACAGCCUUUAGACUGAGGUCUUUAACUCUUGGGGCCCUUAACAUUAUCAGGAUGGUGGACUAUAAAAUACAAUCCUGUUUAUAAUCUGAAGAUAUAUUUCACUUUUGUUCUGCUUUAUCUUUUCAUAAAGGGUUGAAAAAUGUAUUUGCUGCCUUGCUCCUAGCAGACAGAAACUGGAUUAAAACAAUUUUUUCCCCCUAUUUAGAACUUUUCAAGCAUGGCUCAGAGCUUGAAGAUCAGGAAAAACACAUUUUUAUGAAAUCUUCACCAGUUAUGUAUGAAGGAAUCAUUCCAGUGCUGGAAAAUUUAGUCCUUUAAAAUGUCUUAGAGCCUUUUAUAUGCAGAACAUUGAUAUGUGUGUGGUUCUACAGCAUAAAUUUAAUAUUGCUGAUUUUAAAGGCAAAGAAGUUCUCAAAGUUAAUUCACCUGUCAUUUUGUGUGUAAGUUGUUAUCGUUGAACAUACUUUAUUCCAAAAUAUUGUGCCAUGUGGGUGAGUUAAUUUUACCAGGAGCAACUUUACUCUGUGUUUAAAAAACAAGGUAGUAUGUAUUAUAACCUUUUAUCCAAAAUACUUUUUGCAAGUUAAACUAGUGAAGAUGAUUUCAAUUCAGAUUGUCUUGCAACUUCAGUUUUAUUUUUGCCAAGGCAAAACACUAAUCUGUGUGUACACUGAGAAUUUCUUAAAAUUACCAGACAAAGAUAUAUCAUUUAAAAUUACGUUUGUUGUCCCUAUUGGAUGAUUGUUUAUCAACAAAUAUACUAUUGCCCUGUACAACAGUAGAUGUAUUCUCUGUUUCUAGGCUCAAGGUUGGUUACUAAGCCUAGAAGAGGAAUUUCUUUUCCUUUAUUAAUUCAUAGGGAAAGGUUUUGUAUUUUUAAAAACACUAAAAGCAGUGUCACUCUACCUAAUAUCACUUCUGCAAAGGUGGCAAUGCUUAAACUAAAUAAUAAGUAUUUUGGAAACUGCUAAAUUCUAUGUUAAAUACUGUGCAAAAUAAUGGAAACAUUAUAGUUCAUAAUAGGUAGUUUGGAUAUUUUUGUACCUGAUUUGAAGUGUGACUUUUUUUUUCAUAAUACUGUUUAAAUCGUGUAUGUUAUGACAUCAUUUAAAAUUCAGUUUUUGUAUCUUGGGGCAAGACUGCAAACUUUUUUAUACCUUUUGGUUAUUCUAAGCCCUUUGCCAUCAAUGAUAUCGUAUCAAUUGGCAGUGACUUUGUAUAGAGAAUUUAAGUAGAAAAGUUGCAGAUGUGUUGACUGUACCACAGACACAAUAUGUAUGCAUUUUACGUAGCUAGUAGCAUAAAUAAAACUGAAUCUCGACAUACAAAGUUGAAUUCUAGAUUUGAUUUUUAAGAUUUUUAUCCAUUGCACUUUUGAGUCCAAUCUCAGUGGCAAGACACCUUCUAUUAAAUGACAGGCAGCAGCCAGUUCUAUUGGGCAGCUUUGGUUUUUCCUUCACAUUCUACCAGGACUUCCAUAUGGACAUGAUGUAUCAUGUGUAAAGUUGGUUAUUUUUUUUAACUUUUAUUUUACUAUAGCAAAAAUAGGCCUGAGUGUCUAUAAGAUAAAUAGAUUAUCUACAGGAUAAAUAGUGUGAAAUAAAAUCAAGGAUUAUCUUUCAGAUGCUUUUACUUUUUGCUUGGAGGGCCUUUAUAAGUUUAAUAAAAUUCUUUACGGUGUGUUAUACAUUUGAGCUAUAGAAACACUUAAUGCAUGAUAGUCCUCCUUUUAUUAACUGAAAUGAACAAGUCUUAUUAUUGCCUUGCUCCAAAGGUUUUCUUAGUAAGACCAUUCUAGAAACCACUGAGUUUGCUUACUGUUAGGAUUUAAACAUUGAUCUUGAUCUAAGCUACAUGUCUUUUGACUUUUAAAUAACUUCUCUACCAACUCAUUUGUGCUCUUGAGUACUUACAAAUAUUUUUGGUAAAGAUCUCAUUUUCAUCUGUAAAAGUUUAAUGAUUUAAGUUUUAUUGGCAGAUUUAUAAAAAGAUACUUCUCUAGAAAUUGUUUUUAGGUCCAUUUUAUUGUGAAUGAGGAAUAGGAGUGAGAGUUUUUGAAUAAUAGAUUUUUUAAAAAAUCCAGAUGAUUUGAUUAAAACCUUAACCAUGCAUUGAUAUAACGUUGCCUCCUUUUCUACUUUAGGUAAGGUUUUCAUGUUUAACCAUCUGGAGAGAGUAUGUGGAAAAUAUUUGCUAAGAAGUAUCUCUUUGGAGCCAAGCCACUUGUCUUGGUUUCUUUCUACUAAAAGCCAUAAAAUAUAGAAGAACUUGUAGUUAUUACUUAUAUUUGUACUUCGAGUCAGUCAUGUGCUUUUGAGAAAACAUCUAGUAUGUUAUCCUGAGAGCUUGGUUGUUGAAACUGUAUUUCUGUUACUUAGAGGUGGUCAUCUUUGAUUAGUAAGAUGAAAGACUCUUACUAGUUUUAAAAUUUUAUGUCUGCUUUAAGGGUAAAAUAAUUUCUGCAGUUCUCAGAAUCUGAUUACUAUGAGGAUAUUAUUCUGGGUGGGAUUUCUCUAGCUAAUUCAUAUCUUAAAGACUCUCAAGCUAUUGAAUUUUAGUGAAAACUGAAUGAGAGGUGAACCAAUUACUUACAGUAUGAGACCCAUUCCAUUUUUGUCCAGUGCCUUUCAGUGCAUUAUCAAAGGAAAUCCUUAAUGGUGUUGCCUUUAUUUUCCGGGGAGUAGAUUCUUUCGUGGGAUAUAGUUUAUCUUGUUUUUUAUAGUUUAUUGUCCCUGGUAUGAUAAUAAAUCACUGCCAUAUACCCUUGCUUUACCAGAAACACAGCUCAUCUGUAUUGCCCUAACCGCUAAAUAGAUUGCCUAUCUCAUUUCUCCUGUAAACAGUACAGGUUUACAAGUUGCAUGGUCUGUCUUAAGGAUAAUCUGUACUUGAAGCAUCCAAGUAGACUGAACACCACGUUAGCUGUGUUGUAUUUCAAAGUUAAAAAUCCGUUUUUGUGGGGAAGGGUGUGAUGUGUAAAGGGGGAGUAUUUGUAGUAGAAAUUUUGAAGGCAAAAUGUCCUGUCUUCCAGAUAAUAAAUAUCUUACUAUCUUAAAAGUUUAUUGCUAAUUAUAAGAAGGUGAGUUGCAGGUAUCUUUUUGACUGUAGUUAUCUGGGGAAGGAAAAUUAUAUAUUUUUCCAUAAUACUCCUUAAUUAUCUGUGGAGGUUAAGGAAUAAAUGGUAAGAUUUUUCUGGUGGUAACUGGUUAAUAGUUACUUACUAGCUAUUUUAUGCAAAGUUGGAUUAGUUCACACCCCUUUUGAGAGCCUUUGAAAGAAGCAGUUUUAUUCUCUGAGUAGGGCAGAGUUAUUUGUGGUGUUAGUUUCAGUAGUUUGCUUGCUUCAUCAUUGUCAUUUUAUUGGUAUUUUAUUUAGUGAGAGCAGAUUAGGAAAAUGGUGAAUUUAGAUUCCUGAGGUACAUGAGUAUAUGAAAGCAGUUACUUGAAAUGUCAGUUAACAACUCUUAUAAGUGGGGCUUGGCUGAGACUAGAAGGUAACACUUUAGAUGAAGAAAUGCUUUAUUUUUUUUUCUAAAGGUAGACGUAUGUUGUUGCAGAUAAUUAUCUGUAAAUAAUCUCCUAAAUCUGCCUUUGCAAGAUUAUAGAGAAUAUGCUAUGAGAUUUUUGUGCAAGCUUUUCUCCCCCCCCCCCCCCGAUAAUAGGUAAUUUUUUUCUUCUAAUAUGCCAGGAAAGAUGUAAAAAAUCAGUGGCCUUACUCAUAGCAGCAUCCUAGGCCCAGCUUUCUCCCUAGCACUUGUCCCAGUGCUACUAGGUUGUUUUAUCUUGUUUAUUUGGUAUCACUGUGGAAUGAAAUUUUCCACAUAAUCCAAAUAUGCCUUAUUUAAGCAGCAAAACUUUUUUAUUUUAGUCAUUUUUUUGAUGGAGUUAUUUAAUAUGCAUAUCAGAGAGUAUACUGGAUAUAACAUUUCUUUUUGUGCUUAGCUGUCUUUGUGGACCUCAGGGGCUUCCAAGACAGGCAAGACUGUUUUGCCUUUACUAAUUGGUCUCAGAUGGCUAUGGUUUUGAAUUCUUGGUCUUUUUUUUUUUUUUUUAACCCCCCUCUCCCCUCAUUGUCUUUUCCCUUUCUGACAGCUAUCACUUCAUGUGUGGUUGUUAGUGUGCCUCUCCUUAGUAUUUUCUUCUUCCGUUUCCAAUUCAUUGCUUGGGCAAGGAAACCAGGUAACCAAACUUAAUAGAACUUUCUUUGAAACACAAAUUCUGGGACAGGACCCAAGACACUUCCUUGUAUAGUGUUGAAAAAGACUUCAGUAUAUUGUCAUUUGGCAUUGGUUUGACUACUUAGAGUGCUUCCUGAUGCUUGCUGAGUUUCAGGUAGUUGAGGUAGAGAGAAGUGAGUUAUAUUCAUAUUUUCCCACUUAGAGUAAUGUUUUUGAAAGGUUUCAUUAUAUCCACUUGAAUGCUGCUCAUACAAAAAGUGGGGUUACAAGGGUUACUAAAUUAGUAUCAGUAGACAGGGGCAGUACCAUUGCCUAAAGGACACCAACAAACAACACAACACAGUACAACAAAACAAACCUUGGAAAAUGAGAGGGUCAUUUUUGUUUUGUUUUGGUGUCCCCUUUUAAGCCCUACCUUCUGAUCUUCUUCCUCUACAGAUAUUUUUGACCUAUAGGUGCCUUUAUGAAAAUUGAGAGUGUUAAUAUCCUGCCCCAAGGAGUAGCUAAAGUAAUUUCUGAUGUUUUCAGUGGUUUUCACAUCAGACUUGAAUGAAUGAAUGAAGCUUUUUUCCUUUUUUUUUUUUUAAAUAUAGGAAGACCUGAAGAGAAAACUUCUGUGAAGACAAUCAUUUCUCUCAGUUGAUGUGAAUAUUUUUCACACAGUUUAUUUAAGAUGCUUUCUCAAUAGGUCCAGGGCCAGUGUUCUUGUUCAACCUGAAAUGAAUGGCUCUGGGUUGGGCCACUUGCACUCUCUAGUUUGUACUCUGCCCCUAAUUUGAUAUAUGACCUUGGGCAAGUCAUUUACCUUCUCUGGGCCUCAGUUGCCUCAUCUGUAAAAUGAGGGAGUUGGACUAGAUUAGUUAUUCCAGCUCUGAAAUUCUAAGUGACCUUGCCUACCUUGCAGCAGUUUUGGAUUUUUCCUUACCUUUGCUCUGCUGUUUGAGGUUGGUUUUUUUUUUUUUUGUUUGUUCUUUGUUUUUUUUUUUUACUUAUUUCGAUGUUAUUCAAAUGAGACUAGGCUUGAUAUUUUAUUACUGUUCUCCUAUGGACAAGAAGUUACAUAAUAUUUCCUUAAGACUUAGUUUUAACCAAAGGCCUAGCAUCAUCUUAGGAGCUGCAAUAAACACUUUACAAAAAAAGAAAAAAGAAAAAAAUGGGGGGGGGGGAAGCCUUCAUUUUAUUUCUCCAUCAUCUCUGUUUAAAGUUCAUUAAGGCUUUUUUUUUGAGUCAUGACUUUCUAGCUUCCAAGAUGGUAUAUAUGUGAUACCAACCUCCUAAAUGCUGUGUGCUGGUAAUUUUUUUUUUUUUUUUUUUUAGCUAAAAUGGAUUAAAAACCUGUUGUUAAUGUCUAAUUCUAUUAAAGGUCAUUACUUUGGGCCUUUGCUUUCUUAACUCUUCUGUGCUCAAAACAGAAAUUCCUCUGAACUGUAUCAAUUAAAAUGGUUUGUAUGACUCAAAACAAUAUUGGUAGCUGAUUAUUCACUGUAUUCUUGGCUCUUUUUAGAUACAUUUUGAUUAGAUGACUUUUGUCUGGAUCAUUCCUUUCAGAGUUCUCUUCCAGUCUACCCUUGGAUGAGUAUAAUUAAUGAACUUGGCUUUUUCAAGGACCUAGGGAGCCUUCCUUGGGGGUGGGUUGAGGGUGGGGGGUUGGGGAGUCCUGGUAGAGGCCAGCUCUGUGGUAGCUGGAGAGGAAGGGAUGAAAUCAGCUGCUGUUGCUAAGGUUGCUUGUCAUUGAUAGAAGGACUCAUGGGCUUGGAUUGAUUAAAAGGCUAAAUAUGGAGUUGGCAAACUUCCUCCAAGUAUUGAGUUCUGUUCAAUGCAUUGGACAUGUGACUUAAGGGAAAAGUAUGAAUGCUUGUAGAUGAUGAAAACCUGGUGGGCUGCAAAGUCCAGUUUGGAAGAAGUGACUAGGGGGUUGUGGACAGAUUUGGUGAUCAUAUUUCCCAACUCUGUUUCCUCCCCUGAAGUCAGAGGAAUGCAGCUCUGCCAAAACUCAAAGAAGAGCCACUCUUAGCUUCUGCUUUUGGGAAAACUGGUCAGCUGAUUGCUCCAGUAGUCCCUUUGUGGCUUUCUGUAUACUUUUGCCUGGUUGAAGUCUGUGGCUAAAAAAAUAGUUGAAUCUUUCUUGAGAACUCUGUAACAAAGUAUGUUUUUGAUUAAAAGAAAAAGCCAAUUAAA